GGAUGAAACACAUACAUCGUUGUGGGGCCCACAGCACCGACCUUGUUAAUGAAAGGCUCACUACCGAAACGAGUCCUAUGAGCAUGCAGCAAAAGUACCUCUCCUUCUAAAUGUUACGUACGAAGCCAUGUAUGCAACGGCUUCACCCCCUUCUACGUGAUUUCUAUCCAUCUCUUCCCAAAACCCUAAUUCUACCCUCUCUCCCAAUUCCUGAUCUUCUCGACGACAUCUCCGAUGUCCGAAAACUCCAUCAAAUACAUGCUCACAUGAUCAUCACCGGCAUCAUCAAAGAGCCAUUUGCCGCCAGUCGAUUACUCUCCUCCCCGGCCCAUCUAGAAUUCAAUUACGCCCGUUCGAUCUUCGCCCACAUCCCCCAUCCCAAUCUCUUUACAUGGAAUACCAUGAUCAAGAAAUUCACAGUCAAUGGUCCCAAUUGCACUGGCCCGCUUCUUUCAUUCUACAGAGAGAUGCUCCAGACCGACCUCAGACCCAAUGGUCACACUUUCAUGUACUUGAUCAGGGCUCUUGCGGCGGGCCGAUCAGAUGUCACAGAAGUUGAAGAAAUCCAUGCAUGCGUUCUGAAAUUGGGGUUCGGUUAUAGUCAAUUCGUUUCAAGUGCGCUUAUAGGAUUGUACGUUGUUGUGGGGAUUGUUGAUUGCGGGCGACAAUUGUUCGAUGAAAUGCCUCAACCAGGGCUGGUUUUGUCGACAGCUAUGAUCCGUGCCUACGUCUGCGUGAGUCGGCCAAAAGACGCGUUAGAACUCUUUCAGGAGAUGAGAAUGGUUGGAUUGAUUCCUGACUCGGUUGCAGUUGCAACCACUGUUUCCGCCUGCAGCCAAUUGGGGGACUUGGGUGGGGCAAAGAAGUUGCAUGGGUUUAUCAUCAAGAGUGGGAUUAAGGUUGAUGCAUUUGUAAGCUGUGGGUUGUUGAAUGUGUAUGGUGAUUGCGGGAGUUUGGAUCUUGCACAUCAGAUGCUCGAUGAAAUGCCUCAGAAGAGCAUCGUCGCUUCAAAUUCCUUGAUUCAUCAGUAUGCAGAACAUGGCAGAUUGGAGCUCGCGCAUAAGUUGUUUGACAAGAUGCUCGAUAGAGAUGUUGUGUCAUGGAACACGAUAAUUGGUGGUUUUUGCCAUGCAGGUCAAUGCAAGGAGGCCUUGGCCUUGUUCCGUGAGAUGGAAAUAUCUGAUGUGAAACCAAACAGGUUGACAUUCUCAAGUGUGCUUUCUGCUUGUGCCAGCUCAGGCGCUUUGGACACCGGUAUAUGGGUUCACGCUCGUAUAGAAAAGUAUGAAAUGGGCUCAGACGGGUCACUCGAUCCUGGCCUGAUUGACAUGUAUUCCAAGUGUGGAAGUAUAGAGAAAGCACUUCAAGUUUUUGAGAAGAGAUCUCCGAGGAGGGAUCUCUUCUCAUGGACGUCGAUCAUUUGUGGGCUUGCAAUGCAUGGACAUGCCAAACAUGCCCUACAUCUCUUCUCUCAGAUGCUAGACGCAGGAAUCCAACCUGAUGAUGUUACAUUGGUAGGAGUCCUAAAUGCAUGUGCCCAUGCAGGAUUAUUGGAUCAAGGAUGCAAGCACUUCCAUUCGAUGGAAAAUGUAUAUAAUCUCGAACCUAAGAUUGAACACUAUGGAUGUAUGGUUGAUCUACUUGGUCGCAUGGGGCGUCUAAGAGAGGCCCACGAUCUCAUCAUGGGAAUGCCCAUGAAGCCCAACGUGGUCAUAUGGGGGACAUUGCUUAGUGCGUGCAGGGUUCACAACAAUGUGGAGCUAGGUGAGAUUGUGGCUGAGAGAAUGCUUGAAGUGGACCCAUCUGAUCAAUGGGUCCAUGUGAUGUUGUCGAACAUGUAUGCAGAAGCUUGCAGGUGGGAUGGGGUAAUGAGGAUGCGGAAAGAGAUGAAAGAAAAGGGCAUGAGAAAAAUGCCCGGGUGCAGCUCUAUAGAGGUGAACGGAACUGUGCAAGAAUUUCUUGUUGGGGAUGAUUUGCACCCACAACAUUCAGAAAUUUGUUGUAUGUUAGAGAAAAUUGAGGCACAGUUGACGGUAAUGUGAGGCGUUGUGGUCAUAAAAUAUGCAUCGUUUAGGCUUCAGGCCAUGGCAAUCUGCGUCAAUAGACAGCUGCUGCUGGACAGAGUAUCUACAGCAGAGAUGAUAUGUGUUUAUCACAGAUACAUGUGCACCCAUGAAUGGACAACAACAAUCAGAAUGACAAUGGAAAUCUAGGCAAAGAGGAUUGAGAUUCUCCCGAGUGGCAUCCUGGGAUGGAAGAUGCGUACUACAUUCGACCUGUUCAUAAGGUGGGCCUCACCAUUAACAUGCCACAGCCUAGGUGGAUUGUCAACACUUGAUUUUGAGAUCAUUGCUCGUUCAGAUCAUAAUAGAAGAAAUGGCCAAAGUGGGGGGUGGCGCCAUUCAGUUUCCAAUGGCGAUUUGAAGCAAUGGCAAAUCCAAGAUUUGACAAUAAAAGGAUCCAAGUGGAAGAAAAGGGGCAAGGAAAACCCUGUUAUGUUGCUGAAGUCUCUCCCUCACAUGAGCUGUUGCAGUUAUCCAUCCUCUCAUACAUUUGAAUGUUGUUACAAGUGUACAACCCAUGUUGAAGCUGCAUGGAGUUCCCUCACCAUACAAUGUUAGACAUUUAUGGCGAUUGUUGAUCACCAUACAAUUAUCCAACCUCUCAUCGUGAUUGUUGAUCUAGUGGACCACUUAGUAAAUGAGGUAGAUGUUGUGUGCCAUGAAAAGCCAAAUCUUUUUAUAUACUUGACAUAUUACUGAUUGAUUUAUUAAUUGUAUGGUUGUCAUUUCAUUCUCA